AUGACUUGGUGCCAAUUUGGUGCGGCAGUUUCAGCUUCUUACGUUCAACAUGUGCUGAAGAGAUUUUAUAUUCCAGACGAAGUUCAAGGUAUGUACACGGUUACCAAAUUAAUAAUAUACAUAAAAAUAUUACUCGACUGUGAUUGGUUGAUAGAGUGCAAAAAUCUGUAACAAACUGAUCUGAUUGGUGGAAAAACAUUGUGAUGAUAAAAUCAACCAAUCAGUUUAAAGCAGUUUAGUUUAAAGAAGUAACGGUCACAGAUUGCUUCAGAACAAAGCAAACAUGGCGCCGCGCUACAUAAAGUGAAAGUUGACUUCGCGUGGAAAAUAUGGCUUUUAUCUUUAUUUUUAAAUGGUAAAGCCUUUACCUUAAACAAGACUAACAAAACUUACACUGUUGAGUGGAAUUGUCAAGCUGUUAGCGUUGUAUAAUGCGAUAUAACAAAGCCAGGAAAACUUUGCUAGUGGAAUAUUCGCUAUAUUAAAGCGUAAGUUAAAACUACAAUUGUCUCGAACAUUUUUAUGUAAAUUAUUAAUAAGUAAUAGCAUGGUUUCUCGUUAAAUUUGGAUAAACAUGCACUCGUGAGUUUUUCAAAUACCUUAAAUAGCGCUCGUCCUUCGGACUCGUGCUAUUUUGAGGUCUUUGAAAAACUCACUCGUGCAUGUUAUAUCCAAAUUGCACUCGAAACCAUGCUAUUACCUGUACAUGCAUAUAGAGAAUAAUACACGCAAAAACACCCUGAUUAAAAAUUUUCUUGUUAGUCUAAAAUUAACAGUGUUUGGGGUAACUUAAUGUUCCUGUUUACAUUUCGUGUUUAAUUUAACCACAGUCCAGCUGGUUAAUUUAACCAGGAUUAGCGGUUCAUUUAAUGCAUGGUUCUAUCAGGUUGAAUUAGCCAGACUAUGCAUGUUGGGUGGAUUAUUAAUAUGGAAUUCUUGAUUAACUAUCCACGUACCAUAAUCUGGUUAAUUCAACCAUAUAGCCUGGUUAAAUCAUGCAACCAAGGAUCUUGCAUAGUUAAAUUAGCCACGACUAUCAUCAAAUUAACGAGGACUGUGGUUAAGUUAACCAGGAAAUGUAACCAGGAACAUUAAGUUACCCCAAACAGUGUUCAUUUCAGAUUAACCAGGAUUUUUUAACCAGGGUGUUUUUAGAAUGUACAUGGAUGUGUGGAAAUAUGAAAAUGAUUUCGAUUGUCGACCAGAAUAUCUUUGUCAAUACGAGAGAUAAAUUUUGUAGUGUAUUAAAAUUUGUCCCAUUACCUUGCAAAAAUAGGGAUGGCCUCGCAGUAGCUCGUAAGAGUGAUUUUCAUUGGCUCGAUUUGACAAUUGCUUUUGUGUUCAGAACAAUGAAUUGCUUCGUACUUUAGAAAACCCCCAUCCAAUUGGAGACGACCUUCCGAGGCACUGCGAGACUCCCCCAAAAUAGCAUUAAUUUAAACUAUAAUGCUAGUUCAGCAAAAAUCAAUAAAACACUCUCUUUGAUACAAUAUAAUAUUAUACCUCAACUUUAAAUUGUCCAAUCAAAAAACAGCAUUUAAAUUGUGCCAUAUGACGUUGUGAUUUUUUACCCAAUUCUAUGAUUACGUAAUGCAGCUUGGGAUAUCAUCUGUCGGUUGAUAGAACUAACAGUUGAAGGUAUUUUGUAGAUGGAAAUUUCGAGCGGAAGAUUAUAUACAGUUUUAUACUUGACUGAAGCAGCUGCGAAAAAUGCAACUAUAGGCCUUCUGGUAGGAAUCAAACCUGUGAUUCCGGGGUGAAGCCCUCUGACCAACUGUGUUACAGAGUUCAGUUGUUGAGUCCAAACAACAAGUUCGUGUAUAUAUACAAUAUGGUGGGUGACUUAUCUCCUGAACAAAUGACUCCUCCUCCCUCCCUCCUCCCCCCCUCCCCAAUUGGUGUACAAGCACCUUUUUUGUAACGACUAAAAAGAAGCUAGUGCUUCACUGCUUUUUGCCCUUUUAUCUUUAGUCCAGAAGGUAAUGGCUACAGUUUAACCGUAUUUUCUAUAUUUGACCGCAGUGUUUGACAAGUCAGUGCCCAAGCCCUGUCUUCCUCCCAUGGUGCCCCAUUUCAUUGGUCGACAACACAAAGUUGAAGAAAUCUCGCGUGCGUUGACGUCCACAUCUGCUCAGGUAGUCUCUGUAUCUGGACCUCCUGGUUUUGGCAAAACUUCAUUGGCAAUUGCAGUAGGACACCAUGUUAGACAACUAGGACUACCAGUUUAUUUCCUUUCCUUGAGAAGCGUCAAGACAACGGAAGAACUGAUCUCUGACCUCUUAAACACAUUUGCACAUACGUCGUCUGAUCUAACGGGGCGAGAGCGUUCAAAACUGUUCGGACUCCUCAGUGCAAUUCCUUCCAAUAUUUGUGUCAUCCUCGAUAAUGCCGAUGACCUUUUUGAGAGUAGUGGAGAAACGAGCCAACAUGUUUUAAACCUACUGGAAAAGAUCUUUUCUCGUUGCAAGAAUGUAUCCUUUCUACUGACCACAAGAAUAAGUCUGCAAUUGGUGCUGGGAAGAAAAUUUGCUGGUCACACUUCUGUCGGUGUUGCAUCGUUAGAGAGAAAAUCGUCACAAAUGCUAGUUCAAGAACUUGUCCCUGCUGGUGAUGAAAGUGAAUGCUGCAGAGUGGCUGAGGUUUGUGGAGACGUUCCGCUGGCGAUGAAGCUUUUGUGCGGUCAAAUCGUUGACGAGAAGAAAAGUAUAUCUCAAUUCCUUGACAACUUUAGCCGUUCUUCAAAAAAGCUAGCGGACUUGUUAGACGAUCCAGAUGCGCCUAAUGAUCAACGUUUAAAGGUCUUGUUCGAGUCUUAUUUCAAAAGACUAUCUCCAGAAGAGCAAGAAGCAUUUGUUUGUCUUUCAGUUUUUGUCAGUGAAGUGUUCGACGAGCAAGCUGCAGUAUACGUCAUCGGAGGAGAUAAAGACACAGCAAAGAAAACUUUGUUGAGGCUCAAGAGAAAAUCGUUGGUUGAAGCAAAUGAAAGAAAUUGCUCACGAAGCACAAAGGCGGUUCCUGAGUUAUUACGUCAAAUUGUUUGA